UCGAUUCCAAUAGUAGUGAUAAAAGAAGGAGUAAACGAGUCAUCAGAAAAACGAAGUAACAGACAACUUUUACCAACGCCUAUAAAGAAUAACGAGAGUUUUCAGAGGAGCGAUAAAAAACGGAAGAAGAAUAAUAUAAACGAAGAA